AUGUCCAUGGCUUUGUCGCUCUACUCCGCCAGCAUGGAAGGAGGCCCCAAAGUUCGACCCAGAUCAGCAGUGAAGCGCUGCGUGCCGUCCCCCAGGUCUGUCCAAGACUCUGAGCCGGACCUUCACGAAGGCUUUUCCUCACCAUCUGGAGAGUACUUCCCGUUGCUGGUGUGCUCCCUCACAGGUGCGAGACGGGAGGGUUCAUCGCAAGAUACGGCCCUGCGACCUUCCGUUGAGCAACGCCCCGCACCUCGCGCGGCCGCGCUCGGCGGGGCGAGGUUCCUUCCCAAUCUUGAGUGA